AUGGCGACGUCGGUCCAAACUCUCAAGAAUUCGUACGCUGACGUUUGGGGCCGCGGCUUUGCUCCCGUGCAGGCUGCCCUGGAGCGCAUUGCGCUUGACCCGAGAUACCACGACCUGUUGUCGCUCGUCAAGACUGCCCGCAAUGGCGCCGUCUACGGAACAAAGGUUCGGUUUCCACAUGCGCUGGUGAUGAUCUUCCUCUUCCGAUCGGGAACAUUCCGACAAAAGAUUGGUCUCGUGUUGAGGGCUACCAGAAAGCAUGCCACCAACCUAGCCCGAUUUGCAACGAUAUACAAGUUGACUGUGCUUGCGUUGAAACACUGGGGUCCAACGCCCGGCAAGGAGGGCCCCUACGACACAUUCAUCGCCGGUCUUCUGGGCGGCUACAUUGUUUUCGGCCAACGAUCAAAGCGCAACGGCAAGGUCUCGUCCGUCAGCCAGCAAAUCGUCAUCUACAUCUUUGCGCGUGUCGCGCUGGCGCUGGCACGCAUUGCCGUCAAGCCCGGACACGGAUUCCCCGUCGUCUCCAAGGAGCCUCUGCAUUCUCAAAUCAGCUACUACGCCUGGCCUGCCUUUGCCUCCCUUUCCUGGGCCAUGGUCAUGUACCUUUUCAAGACCCAUCCCGAGGACCUGCAGUCCAGCCUACGCAGCAGCAUGGUGUAUAUCUACAAGGAUUGCGACGAGUGGGAUGGACUGCGGACGUUGCUGUGGCAUAACAAAUAA